AUGUACACUGCUGCGAAUCCGAACAAGGAGCGGCCCGAGGCCGACAAGCGCGAGAUGGAUGAAAAGUACAAGCCUGGCGACCAGGUUCUGCCCAAAGUCAAGACUCGGGAACGGACGGCAGAGGAGAAGCGGCUCGAGGAGGAAGACCGGAGACUGAUGGACGAGGUCAGGGAGAUGAGCCUGCUGGAGGCUGUUGAAGCAGCCCUGCCGGAGAGCCAGCAGGCAAGGUCGGCUCGAAGACAUGCGGAUGGGCGAAGCAGCGAUGGACGGGCUCGAUCGGGCUCCGAGAGCAGACGAAGCGAGUCUCGGCAGCGGCAGGUCGAGCAUCAGUCGUCACUACGGUCCCUGAUUGGGUCCGAAAUGAGUGAACGGGAUAUUGAGAGGGAAAUCGAAGAGUUUGCGCGGCAAAUCCAGGAAGAGGGUCUCUUAGACGGCCUCGACCUCGACAAUAUCGAUUUGAGCCGAGAUGACGAGCUCAGUCAGCGCAUCACCGAAGCGUAUAGGAGGCGGCAAAGGGGCCGAUCACGACAGGAGCAGUCGGAGAGGAGACCUGAAGGCCGCAGAGCCGGCAUAGGGCGCAUUCACGAUCAACAAGCGAGGCAGGCGACAGGAAUAGACCGCCAAUUUCGCCAUCAGCAAGUCUCGGGAAGCUCUAGCUCGGCGGCUGUGCCGGCUGCUGCUCACCCAGCCGAUACUCCCCCGAGGGGCAAUGGGCAUGGCGCGUCUUUUGCGAGCCGUACGCAGAGCUACCCAGCAGCAUCCACGCCGUCCCAUUCGAUUCCCCCUGAAUUGAUUGAACUCACAGCAGCACGGAGCUCCAAAGCAAACCGGCCAACCGAGGUGGUCAGCCCACCGGCCUCCCUGGUAUCCAGUCCUAUCGAGAGCCCAAUGGCGGGGACGUCGCGGCACCAACGCACACAAUCCCAGCUGUUCGAAGAGCCCUCCAUCAGCUGCUCGCGCUGCCAGAAAGCUGACAUUCAGUACGAUGUGCACUACAACUGCAGGGUAUGUCAUGACGGGCAUUGGAACCUGUGCGUUGACUGCUACCGAUCAGGCAAGGGGUGCCUUUACUGGUUCGGGUUUGGCUAUGGGGCCUGGAAGAAGUGGGAGAAGCGCAAGCAGGCCGACGAUACGAUAGCCAUGCCUCACAUGCUGAAUGCUGGUCGCUAUAUGCGGCCAGCCUCAACAACCGCCAGCGCCGACGGUAAGAAGACAAUGACGGUUGACGAUCCGAAAUCGAGACUGGAGACCGGCACAUUCUGUGCACGUUGCUUUGCGUGGACCAACGACUGUUUCUGGCGUUGCGACGUCUGCAACGAAGGCGACUGGGGGUUCUGCAACAACUGCGUAAACGAGGGCAAAUCAUGCAGCCACAGGCUCUUGCCGUUGGCUCACGAAGCAACACUCAAGUCGACGUACGUAUCUCGCAGUCCCCGGUCGGGCGGUCGACCCUCUACAGCGACUGUACUCAAUGCAUCGCAACUAUCUGGGAUCGGCCCAUUCAGGCCUCUGGCUUUCAAGACCAAGUGCGACAUAUGCAAGGAUACCAUCCCGUCCUCCGAACUGAGGUAUCACUGUUUCAGCUGCUCAAGCACGGCUGUGCAAGAUGCCACUCCUGGAGACUACGAUAUCUGCACAUCGUGCUACAGCGGCCUGGAGUCAAAGGGGGAUAUCAGCGAAGAGAACGGGUCGUCGGGCUGGAGAAGAUGCCCCAGUGGCCACAGAAUGGUUGUUGUCGGGUUCAUGGAGGGCAAGCUUGGACAGUGGCGAUCUGUGGAGAGAGAUCUUGUUGGCGGGAGGGCCCUUCGCUCUGAGCCCCUCGAGAACAUUGCGCAUCCCGACUUUAUGAAGUGGUCAUGGUAUGAGGGAGAUGGAAAGCGAGAGCGCCUCGUCACCACAGAUGUGUCAGCGACAGCUCCGGAUAGGCUCGGCGAGAUUUUGUAUGCGCGCGAGUUCCCCCCAGAUGGAGGCUCUGGCUUGACAGCCCAUGCCAUGUGGGCGUGGUAUCCCAAACCCGGGGCUGAGGACGAGCUGACGUUUCCACGCGGAGCCGAUAUUCAGGAGAUACGGGAUAUCAACGGCGACUGGUUCUUUGGGACGUACAUGGGGGCCAAGGGCGUGUUCCCGGCGCCCUACGUCAAGAUGGCACAACACUCAUGA